AUGGUCGCUCCGUUCCGCUGGUUGUGUCUACAGCAUCACAAUUAGCUUUUUACGCAGACCAAAAUUGAAACCCAUCUCUCCGCCGACGUGAUCUGUCGUGGUCGCGCCGGAUCGAAUGAAGGGCACACUGUAGAAGCUAACUUCGGCCUGAAAGUGUGAGUAUGCGGUUGGGUCUAGAACCUUGUGCUAUGUUCUUAAGUAAUUGUAACACGCUGUGACGCGGCGUGUAGUGCAGCAAGCGUGAUGUUGGUACGAUACAGGUUCGGGACUCUAUUUUUUUCGUGCGCUCCAUGAAAAGCUGCCUUUUUUUCCGGACAACAAUCGUCCGCCUUUUUCGACCUUCCGAUAGAAUCAUCUAGGAAUGGGAGACACUGAGCUUGAUAAGCCCCGCUUUCUUGCCAGGCUCGUCACCAAGGGUGUUUCCAACAGCUCGAACUUGGCGCAACGCUCUGCGCGCAGGAAGUUUUUUUAUUCACUCAAGGAUGAGUUAGUCAGCACUGGGGGGCACGCUUGUUAAGCACGCAUGCCUCACGUUUUUGCAUGGUAUGAGUGCUGAACCGCGCUGCUAUAAUAUUCAGGUCUCCAUCCGGGGACCUUUGCCCGUCCUCAUGUCCUGGGAGUGCAACUAUCUUCGUGUGGACUUGUAGGACUUGAAAAGCACCCGGCUGUGUGUGUGUGUGUGAUGCGGCGAUAUGACCAUAAUUUUCUUGCAGGCGCUGCUUCGAUGUUGUCGUUUUAUUUGCAUCCACCAUGUAUUCCUAAUAUAUAUUCACAUUCACGUUUUUUAUUUUUGCACCAUUUGCAUUUCCAUGUGGAACCGUCCCCGUACCAUCUAAAUACGCAUGAACACUAUAUCAUUUUUUAGGUUUCGUAGUGCCACAACGAUGCUGCUCGAUGGACUAGAAUUGCUGCGUCGUACCGCCGUGGGGUGUUACAUUCAUCAUUAUCGCAGCACCGCCUUGGCUUGCGGCGCAACUCGAAGCCGACUCUAUUUCACAUAGGCUGUCCGUUGUUGCGAUAGUUUGCACCGGCCGGGGGUCCAGCGGGUGAGAGCAAUCAUCCGAGAAGUGUUUAUUACAAGAUAAAGACAACCUUAAUAUUGGUGGAAGUUUUCUUCACUGCAACCGGCGAGUAUUCUCAACAGCAACGUACUACACCCCACUUCUCAGCAUGGUUGGUCCGGGAGUUACCUUGUCAAGUUCGGCAACCUUUCGUCAAGUCGCUGCGCGGGGAAGUGUGCGGUUGCAAGAAGCUGUCCUGGGACGGUUCGCUACAGCAGUGCCGCUUCUUGGAAAGAAGGUUGCGGCUGCGCCGGCGUGGCAGCGGCCGGCGGCGAGUUUCUUCGAGAUCUGGCCAAAAUUGCGGACCUGCAUUCCGAAGUACCAGGAAUUUGUGAAGAGUUGUGACGCGAAGGACCUGAAGGAUGCUCAUGUCUUCAUGAAUGAGGGCGCCUCGAAAGAGCUCGUGGAGUACUACCUGUGUUGCGCCCUGAUGCUGCAAAGAGAGGCGGUGGAGAAGGCGGCGUCCGACUCUCAGGCUCUUCUAGCGUUGGCGGAGAAGGUCGCCCGUGAGCAUGUAGAGCCGGUUAUCCAAGACGCCCAGCGUCUUGCUCUUGAAUACCGAGAGGACGUGCACCGGAACCUCGAGGAGCUCACCGUUUGGCGUGAAGUUGAUGAGUCGCUUUACUGGCACCACUCCUUGAAGACGCUGCUUCCUCAGCAGUAUGAUGAUUAUUGCAAAGCAACGACGCAGGGACUGGCUGCCACUUUGGCAGAGCGACAGGGACAGCUCCUGCGCGCGCAUCACAAGCAGGACCAGCAAGUCACCACCGAAACCCGAAGCAGCAGCGGGACUGUAGCGCCGGGUGAGGAGGUGGAGGGCGACAGAGCACCUGCUUGCGGCCCUGCGGGAGGCGGCGCUUUUCGCACAGUGGAUGAGAAAGCGUCGCACGGCAUGAAGAUAAAAGCUUGCUCGUCCUCCGCCGAGAUAAGAGGAACGGACGAGGAGGAGGCGGGAGCACUUGCACUUCCCACCGCGGAGCAGGUCGCAUCUGAGCUCGAAGCCUCUUCGGAAGCACGUGCCUUGGCGUUAGCCCUGUACACUGGCUGGAUUGACUUGGCUGGGAUGCCGGUGCGUGGAGCGAUACGAAAUUGCCUAGUGUAUCCUGGCCUGUUGAUCAGAUGUUGCGCGCCCAUGUAGUGCGCAGCACCAGGCGCGUUUGUCAUGCUUGCACUGUGACGAGCUUUGUUUCCGUCACCUUUUGCUUUUUCAGAUGGAGAGUCAGUAAUAGCUUCGCAUGAAAUUUAAAUUAUUGAAGCUUGACGUCGCUCCGGGAGCCUCCACAGGAAAGUCUACUUCAUACAUAUAUAUUGAUAUGCAUCUAAUUUAUAGAUUUUGCAUCGCAGCACGCAUGACAAACUUCAAACGGCUCGCAUUGCAGUACUAGCAUCUGCAUCGAUUCAAGAUGUGAAAGCCCAGGAUAACUUGCCAUGAUGCUAGCAGCAAACUGCGUGGCUUGUACCGUUUAGUGGCAGUAGCUCUUGCACUUGCUAGUAGUUUUCUAGAUAAAAUUAGAAUUUGAAAAAGCGACGCUCUCGUCGGAUGUAUCGCAGCUUUCAAGAGUGCAACAUCUGACGAGGCCAUAUAUUGGAUCACUCGCUUUUGCACGGAGUGCCACGGGCGUGGGACGGCGCAGGAUUGGUCCCGCAGAUGAAGCAUGCGGGCGAAUUUUCCAGGAACCGAAAGCGCGUGAGAGAGCACGACUUCUCAUCUGAUUCCGGCCGCGAACCCGAGACCUAGCAAUUCCAAGUGCCGACCGUGGCCCGAGGGCCUUGCGCUCCGUGGACUUUUUUCAGUAGGCGCCCACUCAUCGCAGCUUUGUAUGUUGUCAUCGUGCUGUUCGGGCUGCUGCGGAAAGCGCGUAGGGAGAGAUGACUGUGGUGCCGGCACUUUUCAUUUUCUUCUCAUCCGUUCCUGGACAGCAACAGCACGGAUCGAUCCGUGACUCUCCAGACUUGUGUGCUACUCGUGGCCCAGCGUGCGGUGCGUGUCGAAGCAAAUAGAGAUAGACGCUAUGAUCUGCGUGUCUGUUCGCACAGUAGCCCAACCAUUGAUCCUUUUUUCGCAAGCAGAGCGAUCAACAUCAAGACAUGGACAGAAAAGUAAGCAGUAACCACCCUGCGGGGGUCGCCGCGGCCGAGCCGGAAGGCGUAACGCAAGUGCCUGUCCUUGUUGCUUCAUAUCCAAGCGCCUGCAGUGCUGCGUCGAAACAUGAGCGGAAAAAAUGGAGGCGCGUCGAUGGGACAAGAACGAGAAGUAGGUCUCCUUUAACUUCUGUUCUCUACUUCAGUAAUUGAAAUGGGUUGGGUAUAAUCAAAUUGUUGCGAUGAAAUUUGUUAUCUGGCUCGGGUAUGGAAGUGAAUCAAGAAAAAGAGGAGCCGCGCGAGGCAGGUACUUCCAAGCUCGGAGCUGCGCUGUAGCGCGGCAGAAACAGUGUUGACCUGUAAUACAACUGCUAGGGCUUGAUGUUGAUAAUGAUAAUGAUAAUAAUUACUCCUGCUAUCGCUUAGUGGGGAGGUUAGGCUUCAUCUAGUAGCAGUAGCUUCUAGCCCUGUUGCCGCCGAUCCAGAGCCAUAGAAAGAUAGCGACCUGCCACCCACCCACCUGGGUGCCUGGAUAUGAUAUUGGCAUCAACUAAAAUAAAUGGUGCGGCGAGCACUGAUUGAUUCCGAGUGGAUGGGUUCCCUCCGUAUGACCACCACUCACGGAAAGACUGCGCUUCAUCAUCGUCGUGCUGCGCUUUUCAUUGGCCAAUGCUGUUCCAGAGCAAGCUGCUGGCGCUGGUUCUUUUUCCUUGACCCUACUGC